GAUUCUGACUCUGGUAUGGUAACUGCUCGGUCAGAUUCAAGUCUUAAAGUUGAAUUGCAUUACGUUACGUUACGUGGAGUGCACGAGUUAAAAUCGUGAACAUUACAUAUAUUUUGUUUCUUUUAUAAGUUUCUUAUUUUACGGUUUAAAAAAAUGAACUUUUUUCGAGUUCAAGGACGCGAUUUUCUUCUUUCCCAGACGGAAUUAUGAUUUCGUUCAGAAAUUUAAAAGCAGUAUUGGACCAGUUAAGAACGCACAUAGUGCAGUGGAAUAACUGAUAUUAAUUCAUCGUUCAUUCAUUCAUAUUCCUAAUUCGACUUGGAAAGUGCAUGGUGUCAUGUCAGGCAUUUGACAUCCUAAUCCACCAGCACGGGAAGGACGUGGAUAACACGAGAUAAACUCUUGAACUAUCACCAUCUGAGAGGUUAUUUGCAACGCGUGAUUAACCUGUAAUCGCUAAACGGUACAAACUUUUCCGAUGUCAACAAAUCAAGUGGCCUAUUGUUCAAAGCAUCAAUCGAAGCAUCAUUCAUUAGGAGCGAACUGUAAUCUGCUGGGUGCCCUCAAAUUAUUUCAGAUAUCUUUAAUCUGUGCUAUCUCUCUCUCGGUAAAUACAUGUGAAACCAGUGCUUUCGUCGUCGUCGUUUGAGUAACCGCAAUAAUUAUUAUCAAGCCGUAUGUGUAUAAUCAAGAAGGGUGGUUCCGCCGCAGUUAUAGUGAUAAUAUAGUGAUGAUGAGUAUAACGACCAGGACGACUAUAUCUGAAUUAAUAUACGGACAAAACCUAAUCAUCAGCAAGACAUCAAAGUCGUAAUUUACUCGUGGAGACGACGGAUCUUGUUUUAUUCUCUAAAUUUAAUAACACGUGCAAAGGUGAAGUGAAAGUCAUUCCGGGAGCAGAAAUUAAAACGUUUGUGUUUGCCGACUUUUUCUUGCGAGAGAGUAGGAGAUUUACUUUCUCUCAACCCUUUUCCGCUCCAACUACUUGACAGCAUCAUCCGGUCCCUAAUUUAAUUACGGAGAACGUCAACAAUUAGUCAAAUGGAAGGACAGGCAAAGCGAUUCAAGAAGUCAGAGGAAUCUGAACUAAUUAAUCCGAUUGAAAAUAAUAACAACAACGACGCCGUAAUGAUUUCUGAUUCUCCUGUUGCUACUGAUGCCGCAGUAGCCUCCACAUCCCAUGAUCCACAAAUUGAUCCAAAUUUGCUGCCAGUAGAAGACAUGAGUCAAAGUCCUAAGACGAACGGGACUAGUAAUGAUGACCAUGAUCCCCUCUUGAUACCAAAUGUUCUUGAGACUGCCUUCCGUCACAUGACUCUCGACCAGUUAAAGAUCCUCCGCCUCGUGAAUAAACAAUGGUUAGGCGUGGCGACGCGCAUUCUGCAAGAAAAACUCGAACUAAUUACCUUUACGGAUGAGUUUUACGAUGCGGAGAAAAUGCUAAAAAUCGUCCAAACUUUUCGUCAUAGCAAGGACCCUCCUUACGUAAAGUUUGAGAUCGCCUCGAAAUUCUUCACUGUAGAAAAUGAGGAUCUCAUCACAGACUUUUUCCGCGUCUGCGGCUCCUUUAUGGAAUAUUUGAAAAUUUCUACCGACAAGAAUCACGACAGUAAAUUUAAGUUUGCCGAAGUUCUCCUCACAACGGUCAGUCUGCCGAGGUUAAAAUCCCUCAUUUUCGAGGAUCACACCCCCAACGGGGUCGUGGCGCAGUUUAAUCACGACUUUUCCAUCUUUUUCAAAUCAUUAAUCAACUCUGCGACGAAUCUUGAAAGAUUAGAUUUGUCAUUUCCAAAACGUUUCUUUGAAGCAGAGGACGAAGAGCAGACCGCAAUGGCUCAACUGCAUCAGAUGCCGGAUGGCAUAAUUUGCUCAAGAUCUUCACAAAAUUUAAAACAUUUAGAAAUUAGUGCAAAAAUUAAUGAUGUUCAACUCCUCUGUUUAUCCAAGUCUGGAUUGAAAUUGAGAACUUUACAUUUCAAAGUGAAAAAUGCCUCGUUACUUGAGUCCUCUUUUACUGCACUGCUCGAGAGUCAAAGUGACACCCUGACAGAACUCAAGCUAACCGAGGAGAGACACGGGUCCGACUUUUUGGUCAAGUUUCCUCAAAUGAAUCGUCUCAAGAAGAUCACGAUAAUUUCAAUUUGUGAGUUUGAAAAUAGUAUCGUGACUUUUGCACCGUUCGGGUAUCAGGAACACUUGCCAGAAAUUGAGUCGCUUAUCUUAUGGAAUUGUUUCGGGAAGGAGGAGAGAUGGUGCCAGUUUUUUCUUGCGUCCUCCCCAUCCCCAACAAUCACCAAGUUGGAGUUGCCCACCCAAUUUCGAAAUCCGACCCUUGCUCAGAACAUUGCCGUUGUGUUUCCAGCAUUGAAACGGUUGAAGAUUGGGUUUUCUCUCAGGCCGGAGAAUGAAGAAGUGAUGAGAAUCAUCUUUGAGACUUUGGAAAGUCUAGAGGAACUAGCAAUUUUGACCGAUAUGGAUGAGAUGAAUGAAAAUAUAGAUCAUGUACUGACCGGGAUAUCGAAAAAUGUGUGUAAACAGUUAAGACAAGACCAGUCGUAUUUGUCCGAUGAUUGUUUAGACGGAGUGGAGCGUGGACCUUCGUUAAUCAGUUUAAAAAAUCUGAAGCGGUUGGAUAUCGUUCUCGACAACAACCGUGCCCCAUUUAUCACAGAUGUAGCCGGUCAUCUCGCCUUUAUGCAAAUGCCCAAAUUAAAAAUUCUACGCUUUACGCGAUACGGGAUGUCACAAGAGUGUGUGGACGUUCUUUUGAAAAAGUACCGUGUCGCAUUUAUACCACCGCAUGGUCGUAACUUCUUCGAAAUUGAGAACAUGAAUUUGGAAGACUUUAACUAAACGUGGUUAUACAUAAGUAUCUGCAUACAUAGACUAUUAAGAAGAAGUUUUUUUUAAACUAUAUAUCCAGUAUAUUCUAAAUUAAUUCAAUUUGUCUUUACAAUAGUUUUACUGGAGAGAAAGCAAAGCAAAGAAAGUUUAUAUAUAUAUAUAUAUAUUUAAUUAAUUAUGUGCUUAUACCUUUAAAAGUAGUGAUGUGUUAUUACUUACAGAGAGACAGUGUGGUGGUUAAAUUCUGUGAUAAGUAUGUAUAUAUAGAUAUAUAUAAUAUUUAUGAAAGAGCAAAAGAAACUAUGAUUGUACGAUCAUCAUUAUGAA